AUUCAUAUGCCCUCCAUCCUCACAAAGCUCCUCUUCGAACGCCGAACCACCGCACAAAGAAAGAGAGAAAACAAUGCACCCCGCCAUCGCCAUCACAAUCCCCUUGGCCGCCGCCUGCCUCCUUGCCUCCCUCGCCGGCUUCUUCCUCCUACGCCGGAGAAGCAUGCUCCGCCCCGAUACAGAGAAGGGAGCCACCAUCGCUCAGUUCCUCCAUGGGCCCAAAAACGGGUCGGACAACUCUCCUCCCACCCCAAAGGAUGACAUCGUCGCAUCGUCACCAAGACGCUUUACAUGGCCGGAGGUUGAAUCAGCCACAGCUAAUUUCACCUCGGAUGUAAUCGGCAAAGGGGGAUUCAGCACGGUCUACUUCGCUCGUCUGAAGGACUCCACCACCGCCAGCGUUAAGCUCCACCAGAGCAGCGAACGCCUCCACCGUGCCUUUCGAUUGGAGCUCGACAUCCUCCUCCGCCUCCAUCAUCCCCACAUUGUUCGCCUCCUCGGCUACUGCGACGAACAGGAUGACCAAGGCGUUCUGAUUUUCGAAUUCAUCCCGAAUGGAAGCCUGCACGAGAAGCUCCACUCAGGCUCCGUGCUCCCAUGGGCGCGGCGGACUUCCAUCGCUUACCGUCUCGCGCAAGCUCUCGACUACCUCCACGAAGGCUGCGAGCUCCAGAUUGUUCAUGGAGACAUCAAGGCCUCCAACGUCCUCCUCGACGGCGACCUAAGCCCCAAGCUCUGCGAUUUCGGAUGCGCGUGCAUGGGUUUCUCCUCCGCCGUCCGACCGCCGGCCUCCAUGACCGGUUCGCCGGGUUACAUCGACCCGAACUACAUUCGGACCGGGAUGGUGUCUAAGAAGAGCGAUGAUGUGUACAGCUUUGGAGUGGUGUUGCUGCUUGUAAUGAUCACCGGAGCGGAAGCAUUCGAUGCGAGGACAGAGAGGGUGUUAGCGGCGGAGGUGGGUAAAGUGCUCCGGCAGGCAGACAGUGGGUACGUGUCGCAGAUUGCAGACAGACGCCUCGCCGGAGAGUAUGAUGAAGGAGAAGUCCAAGUAAUGGCGGCCAUUUCAGCGCUUUGUAUUGGGGAGAAUCCUAGUUUGCGGCCAUCGAUGGCGGAUGUGGUGAGGAUGAUGGAAGAUAAGGUGCCUUCGGCGAUCACAGCCGUGGAGAUUGUAAAACGUGAAUAAAAAUUCGAGCUUGCUGAUUUUCAUUUGGCAGAUUUAAUUAAGAUCAAAAGAUUCGAUUGCACGACAAUAUUUUCAAGUGUUUAAUGGUGUCUAAAUUGAAUGAGCGUGGCCUUAUUCAAAUUCUCUGAUUGAAAUUUUAUAUUUAAGCACACAAUACAGAAGAAUAAUUUAUUAUCUUAA